CCGGCAAAGCUGCUAGGUCAUUCUGGACACGGACGUCGAGCAAGCAUAAUUUGAGUUACCUCGCUGUUAUCUAUGCGCUUAUCUCCAAUACAUCGCACUGUUGCGCUGCUGCCAGCAAAACCUCAUCUCUGCCCUGGACAAGGACGUCGAGCAGCAUAAUUUCGUUGACGAGUCACCCGGUAGCCAGAAUAGUACAGUCAAUAGUGAAUAGUGCAAUGUCAACUCCAAGGAUUUUCGUGGUCACUGGUGCCAAUAAAGGCAUAGGCCUUGCCACUGUCAAGGCUCUGUGUGAAGCAGUUGGCAGCGAGUCCAUUGUCUACCUGACAGCUCGCAGUGUUGAGCGAGGCACCAAGGCAGUGGAGGACCUUGCCAAGUCUGGUCUCAAGCCUCGUUUUCAUCCACUUGAUGUUGAUGAUGCCUCCAGCAUUGAAACUUUUGCCACAUUCCUAAAGAAGGAAUAUGGCGGUCUUGAUGUUCUUGUCAACAAUGCUGCUAUUGGGUACAAGGAAGAUGCACCUGAACCAUAUGGGGUGCAGGCUGAGCACACUGUGCGUGUCAACUACUUUGGUCUGCAAGCUGUUUGCAAUGCUCUCUUCCCCCUCCUCCGGCCCCAUGCUCGUGUGGUGAAUGUGUCAUCAUCUGUUGGGCAUCUUUCUUGGGUGAAUGGUGAGGAACUCCGCCGGCAACUUGCUGACCCGGCGCUCACGGUGGAACAGCUUGACAACAUCAUGCGUGACUUUGUCAAAGCUGCUGCUGCUGAGAAAAAGCAGCACGUGCAGUUGGGAUGGCGGGACGUGCAAUAUGCACCUUACGUAGCCAGCAAGGUGGGGGUGUCUGCGCUGACCAGGAUCCAGCAGCGCAUGCUGGACCAAGACCCGCGGGAGGACAUCGUUGUCAACCACUGCCAUCCUGGCUACGUCAAGACAGACUCAACAGGGAACAAGGGAGUAUUCACCGCCGAGCGGGGGGCAGUGUGCCCCACAUACCUAGCCCUGCUGCCCCCCAACGUGGCUUCUCCCCGCGGGGAGUACGUCUGGCAUGACAAGGUGGUCCUCGACUGGGUGAACGCAGACCUGCCUCAUCCCGGCUACUGAGCCCUCGCUACAUGUGCGCCUUAGAGUGUGGGAUGCCAUGGCAUGUUGGACGACGUGUGUGUCUCAGAGUGUGGGAUGCCAUGACAUGUUGGACGACGUGUGUGCCUUAGAGUGCGGGAUGCCAUGACAUGUUGUACGACGUGUUUGCUUUAGAAUGUGGUAUAUUUGUCUGAAUGAUUGGAAUGUUUUCAUACAGUAACCGAAUGAACCUUAAAAAUAAGCUGUAGGAAUUGUUUUUAUUGCAAUAUUUAUACCAAUUAUUCAAAUUUUUCAUGUAUUUUUUCUGAUUUGCAUAUGUCAUUGAGGAAUUAGAAUCGAAAAGAUAUGUUGAAAACCAAAAAAUGAUGCAAGGUCUCUUAUUUAGAAUUAAGAUAGGAUAGAUGAAUUGUGUUACAGUUCGUUCUUCCAAGCGAGAGCCUGACAAAAAUAUUUAGUUUUAAUCUCUGUUCUAACUAUAUUCAUGCUAGAAGAAAAGUCGAAUAUCUGUGUGACGGAAGAUUCAAAUUAUUUGCUUGAGCUGAUUUGGGUGGGAAGAAAGGAAAGUGCGUUGACAACUUGGUCACUUAUUUGUUUAGAUACAUGUGUAGGCAAAUAAAACGUAUGCAAUGCGUCAUUAACUUAAAGCUUUUCCAUUAUAUACUAAAGCUGAUUGGACAUUGCUUUUAUGUUUUAUCGUUAUUUUUUGCUGGUUGUGGUGCUCAUUGGUAUUUACGUUGUUUUACGAAAUACGGCGUAGUUUCUAUGGUGAUCGUUGUUUUUAUUGAUGUGUUCCAUGAUUCGUUUGAUUGCAGUGUAUUAUUUUACUAUACUUUUACUACUUCUUACUAUACUUUUACUUUUUCUCUGAUGCCCUUUUAAUCCAAACUAAUACUCGAUCUCAUUGUUUGAUGUGGCUUUAGCUUAUCGGGCUCAACUUUGUAACCUUAACCAACCUCCCCGCUCUGCAACAUCAACCCGCCAUCACAGAACUGUUCACCCUGCUCACUGUACUUCACUCCAAUCUUACCUAGCGGAAGUAACUGAACCAGUUACUCUGUUGUGUCCGCGCUGAGCAUUCCACUUCCUGUAUUCCAUUCAAUACAUUCUACUAAAAUUUACUCAUCGCUGAAAGACUUCUCUACUAGCGCACACGUUGGCAGCUCUGCUUCCCCUACUCGAGUUACGAUUAUCCGAUUGUUAUCGGCAGUUCUUCCUAUUAUGAUAAUCCGACUGUGAUCAGUGUUGCCAAAACUUGUCCUGCAGUGUUGUUUUCUUGUUGCUAUUAGUAUUUAAUACGAGGUAAAUAUAAUGGUUAUAUAAAUGUUACUGAUAUAACUGAACAUGUUUUGUAUUUAGGCUGUUGAAGACUUUUUUCUGUCAUUAAUUAUUUGGGAAGUUGUAUCAUUAAGGUUUAAUAAUAGAUACGGGAAUUACAAGUUGCGUUGAUUUUUCGUUCUGGGCUUAAUACAUAAUCAAGUACGCUUGGAUUAUUAAAAUAUAUAGUUUAAUGUUGCAAUUAAACUUUAUGCUCAUCUUAACUCAGUGUCGAGAUGCGGCUUCCCCACGUCAAGCAUUCGUAAUAUUUUCAACUUUGAGGUCGUUGGGCAUCUUGGGUUUUUCUGUUAAAUACUAAUGAAAACGCAAGUUUGUUGGAAGUCAGAUACAGAUCUAACUGCUUUG